AGCCAUGUAAACGACUAGGAACAACAACUUUUAACUAUCUAACAUUUACUUCUGGAACGAAAUCAAAAUACGUAUUUAGUGAAUUUCUGCUGUAUAAAGGGUAUCAGGACUUAUCUUACUUGCAGUAAGAGGCGAGCAAAGCAAACAAGGAGAUGUUGUUCCUAUCAACAGUGUGACAGACAGUGAUCAUAUUCGAACAACCGGUUGGCGUUGAAUUUGAAGGAGACGUCACUUACAAUUGCAUUCACGGAGUUGAGGUAAUGCACAAGGCCUAGGUUCAAAUACUUGAUGAGGUAUUUGCUUUUUUGUGAUUACCGACAGAAGACAAAUCGUCUGGCAGAAAACAGUCGAACGCUGGUAAGGCAUCCAAUAGUAACUAAAGAUAUGAACUGAGUUUGAAUACCCUGGCUCGUGUUUCUAUUCUAACAAUACGGAUUAUUGUACUGCAAAGUAGACGGCACAAUGGCUGAGAAGCGAGGAUUGCAAGAAGACGUUUACCUAGAAAAUGGUAGCAGUGAAAAGGAUACCAAGAAGAGGACGUGUUUAGAGAAAGUCUUGGCGAUACUUUUUGUGUUAGCUUUGAUUGUUAUCAUCGUACUGGCAGCAGUUCUUGCAGUAAAGAUGAAGUACAAAGGAGAAGAGGUAUGUCUGACGAAAGAAUGUUCGGAGGUUGCUGCACGUGUUAUCAGCUCGAUUGAUUACAGCGUGGAUCCAUGUGACAAUUUCUAUGAUUUCGCGUGCGGUUCGUGGAUGAAGAAGCACGUGGUACCUGAAGACAGGUCUAACCUUUACACUUAUGGUGUUGUGAGGGAAAAUGUAAAAGUUACAAUAAAAUAUUUACUCGAGGGUGAUUUAGAGAGUGAGGUCGAUGCGGUGAGAAAAGCUCGGUACUUUUACCAGUCCUGUAUGAACGAAACUCAAAUUGAACACCUGGACACGAAUGUGAUAACAGACGAACUUGAAUUAAUCGGCGGUUGGCCAGUAUUAGGUACCAAUCCUGGUGGUAACUGGGAUAGAUCUGACUUUGACCUAGUUUCUGACCUCAUGAAAAUAAGAGUUCAUGGUUUGUCACCAUUUUUCCAAGUUUACGUAGGUUUAGAUGAACGAGACAGUGGUAAACGAAUCAUCACGAUUGGAGAACCCACGUUAGGUUUGACAAGAGAAUACUACUUCGAUAAAGACCAGAAGAAGCUGCGAGAAGCUUACAUCAAAUAUAUAACCAAUAUUGCUGUACUUCUUGGAGCAGACAUUGACACGGCAAAGUCAGAUAUGGAAGCUGUGUUUGCAUUAGAUACAUUACUAGCCAAUCUUACGUCUACAAAACUUGAACGGCGAAGUAGAGAUGAUGCAUACAACAAGAUGACUAUAGAAGAUUUAACACAACAAUAUUCUCCUCCUACAAGCGGACAUGUGAAGUUGAACUGGCACGACCUCAUACAGAAGGUUAUGGCUAUAUCCGAAGAAAACAUUACAAUAGAUGGCCUUGAACUUGUUAUAUUGGAAGCCCCGAAAUAUUACAAAGAAGUGUUCAAAAUUCUCGAACAACAAGAUACAAGAACCUUGAAAAACUAUAUGACUUGGUCAGUGGUUUCACGAUUUGUCAGACGAUUACCAAAACGCUUUGUCGAUGAAUAUGAAAAAUUUAGAAAGGUCCGUGACGGGACAACUGUUAAGGAAUCACGUUGGAAGAAAUGCUCACAUAGAACCGUGAAUACAUUUGGUAUGGCAGUUGGUCGACUGUUUGUCAGAGAAGCGUUCGACGAAGAAUCAAAAGAUAAGGCAUUAGAUAUGAUACACGAUAUAAGAGAAGCCUUCAACGAGCGUCUGAGUGAAUUAAGUUGGAUGGAUGAAGAGACAAGAGCCGUUGCUAAGGAUAAAGCGUUACACAUUCGAGAGAAAAUUGGAUAUGACGAUUUCAUACUAAACGAUACAGCGCUGAAUGAUUAUUACAAAGACAUGGACGUGAAGGAGGAUGAAUACUUUGGCAACAUGCUCCGUAUCACAAAGGUGUGGAGUAGAAAUGCAUUGCAGUCUCUAAGAGAACCAUAUAAAAAAGAAGAUUCUAGAUGGGAAACUCCGCCCUCAAUCGUAAACGCCUACUAUACCCCUUUGUUAAACCUUAUCUCGUUCCCAGCCGGAAUGUUGCAGCCUCCCUAUUACAGUAAAUAUCAGCCUAGGUCAAUGAAUUAUGGCAGCAUUGGUUUUCUCAUUGGGCAUGAAAUAACUCACGCUUUUGAUGAUAUAGGAAGAAAAUAUGACAAGGAUGGCAACCGAAGACAGUGGUGGAGUGACGAAGCAAUUCAGAGAUUUACAAACGAAACAAAAUGCAUUAUAGAUCAGUACAACAAGUAUGUGAUGCCACUGGCAAAAUUAAAUUUAGACGGAGAGUAUACCCAGGGUGAGAACAUAGCGGACAACGGCGGAGUGCAGCAAAGUUAUAAGGCAUAUCAAAACUGGCGGACAAAAAGCAAGCAAACAGAACCGAAGUUACCAGGAGUUAAUUUUACACAUAACCAAUUAUUUUUUAUAAAUUUUGCUCAGGGCUGGUGUGGAGUAGCGACAAAGCAGUUUGAAAUUAACAUGGUGCAUACCGAUACACACAGUCCUGGCAGAUUUAGAAUUACUGGAGCUUUACAGAAUCUGAAGGAAUUUUCGGACGAGUUUAAUUGUCCAGUAGGAAGUUACAUGAAUCCGACAAACAAAUGUCAUAUAUGGUGACCUUAUUAUACCUAAGGAGUGUAAACAGUAUUAACUAUGUAGCUACAAACAAGAAUAUCUACUAAGUGCACUCAGUUAUAGUUUUAAACAAGAACAUCUUUCAUUUUGAAUAGUAAACAAGAAUAACUACCAUGCGCCGGGAGUAAUUGUUAUAUACAAACAACAAAAACUGUCUUGAGCAGAGAGUAUUUGUUAUAUACAAACAAAAAUUACUACAAUGUGCGGGGACUAUUUGUUACUUUCAACAAGAAUUACUACCAUGCCUGGGGAGUAUUUGUUAUAUGCAAACAAGAAUAACUACCAUGAGCGGGGAGUAUUUGUUAUAUACAAACAAGAAUAACUACCAUGCGCGGGGAGUAGCAGACAGUAUUUGUUAUAUACAAACAAAUAUUACUACAAUGCGCCGGGAGUAUUUGUUAUAUACAAACAAGGAUAACUAACUACCAUGCGCGGGGAGUAUUUGUUAUAUACAAACAAAAAUUACUACAAUGCGCCGGAAGUAUUUGUUAUAUACAAACAAGAAUAACUACAAUGCGCGGGGAGUAUUUGUUAUAUACAAACAAAAAUAACUACCAUGCGCAGGGAAUAUUUGUUAUAUACAAACAAGAAUUACUACCAUGCGCGGGGAGUAUUUGUUAUAUACAAACAAGAAUAACUACCAUGCGCGGGGAAUAUUUGUUAUAUAUAAAGAAGAAUUACUACCAUGCGCAGGGAAUAUUUGCAGCAUACAACAAGAAUUACUAACGUGCGCUGGUAGUAUGUGUUAUAUGCAAACAAGAACAACUAGUAUGCACGAGAAGUGUUUGUUUUAUAUAACAACAACAAAAAUACAAUAGUAAUAAAAUCAAACAACGCUUCUAACAAAUAACAAAGUAGGUAAAAGGCAUGCCUUUCACAAGAGCAAAGUUAUUUAUAUAAUAACAUCAUUUGUUUUGGGGCGAAAUAGGUAAAUUAUUAUAACAAGAAUACAUACCAAGUGCGCUCAGUUAUUUUUACGUGGAAACAGAAAUACUUACCGGGUAUGGACAGAGAUGUUCAUCUAGAAACAAGAGUACCUCUAUUAAUUUUCAGUGUUUCAUUAAUCAACAUUACAUUUUAUCAGUUUAUAAUCAGAUUGCAGUAGCUUGUUACUUAUUUUGCCAAACACAUGUUUUAUGCAAAUGUUUCAACACAUUCAUGUUAUGUUUACCAUAUUUACCAAACCUUUGACAUAUGGUAUGCCUCACCAUCACUUUUAAAUCGAAAUAUAGUAGCACUUACUAAAUGGCACUCCCGCACCUUCCGUAUCUUGCGAUUGUUCGCUGGAUUAUUCGACGACCUCGGACACUAUUCCACAGCCCGCCUUCCACAAGAGUUGUUGCUGUAAUUAACAUAAUGCCACCGAAGUGUAUCGGUAAAACUGAACAGGUCUAUCGCCUGAUUAUAUUCCAACAUAUAAAACUGAACCUAAAUUUUAUUAUACUGGACAUCCCUAUUGGUAACAGUGGAAAACAAGAACAGUUAUAUUAUCUACAAUAUCUCAUUCCUGUCUAGUUAUUGAGCGGAUUCUUUUCCAUGUUUUUGGUAACAGAAAUUUGAUCUUGAUCCAAGUAAAGAAAAUUCCAGACUAAGGUCUAUUUGUAAGUUUUUCUCUAUACACCAACAUCGGUGACAAAAGGUCAGUCCAGACUUGAAACGAAACUAAAAGAUUGCCGUUGAUGGAAACAGGUUUUUAUACCAUUUGUUAACUUACUAGACAUGAAAAACUAGCAAAAUAGAGAAAAAUUGUUGUGCUCAGACAAAUAUCCAUCAAGAAAGGAUAAACAGUCUGGUCGCUCAUGCGGAUGAAUUCCAAAUGUUGCCUUCUUUAACUUUAGUAAUUACAUUUUGUAAAUAAGUGCCAUUUUCCGUACAUACCUAAACGUGCCUCAUGUUCCUCAUAUGUAUAUUUUGUUUCUUAUUUAUAUUUUUGAAAUAAAAUGCUUCGUGAAA